GUCACUUGUUGGGGCUAGUGCGGGCCAUACAGUGACCCCAGGGGUCAGGGUCCUUAUCCAAACCAUUAUCGGGCUCAGGUUCAGAUGGAAAAGCUUGGAGCCUGGAAGGAGAAGACCCCGUUGGAGCAACCCUCGGGGAGGGGAGUAUCUGUGCCCAACAGCGGGACCUGGUGAUAGGCUGGCAGGCCGCUCAGACCCACCUGACCUGCAAGCUUCAGGGAGAGUGAUGGCCCAACACAGGUGAAGCACAGCUCGCCCAGCUUGUGAGAAAGGAGCAGCCAGCCCCUGUCCACUGUGUUUCUCUCGAGCCUGGGGUCACGGGGGCACUUCCUUUCUCUCUGGGGCCCCCGCUUUCCUCUCGGGGUGGCAGUGCCGGGUGACAGUCUGGGCUUUGCCAGUGCUGGUUCAGGUACAUGGACUACUCAGUACAGUUAAAGUUUGGGGUGAGGGCCCCAGUGAGGGGGGUUCCAGCCUGGCAGGCAUGGCCCUGGACCUCUGCAGGGACUAGGGUCCUUGGUGGGCCCUGUCUGGUCCCUGGCACAGAUGUGUUCACUCUCUCUGAAGGACUUCCUGGGCCUUGGGCAGCAGGGUCCUGAGAGGGAAGGGAGGUCCUGAGAUUCUCAGGGAGGAGAAUGUGACUUGGUCAGCCCCUUGACAGGACCAGUACUUCCCCUUCUUCAAAGGAGCCUUCAGUGUGAGGCUCUCCCUCCACACCCUGGUGCAGGACCAAGUGAGAAAAGAGCCUCUUUCUCUUUUGCUGAAAGGUGUGUGUGUGUAACUCACCGGUCCCAGGAUAAUUUUAACUCAGAGGCUGGCCCCAAAAAUGCCACUGGGUUUCUUUUUUCCCUGGCUGGCUCGGCAGGGAGUGGGGCGACGCAGAAGCCCCCGCCCACCCAGGUGGGGUGGCUGAAUGGGGGGCUUGUGCGAGGGCCGGCGGGGCGGGAACUGGUGUCUGGCCAGCCCACCACCAGCCCCGCCCGCCGAGCCCAGCUCGAGGCCCCUGCCUCCGCUGCCAGCUCCUCUCAGAGUGCAACUGCAGCCAUGGCUGGAGCCCCCACCCUGGCCCUGCUGCUGCUGGGGCAGCUGCUGGCCGCCACCGUAACCUUGACCGAGGCACAGAAAGUGGGACCUCGAGGCCCCCCUGGUCCCCAAGGGCCACCCGGGAAGCCAGGCAAGGAUGGCAUUGAUGGAGAAGUUGGUCCUCCUGGUCUUCCUGGGCCCGUGGGACCAAAAGGGGCCCCAGGGAAGCCAGGGAAACCAGGAGAGGCCGGGCUGCCUGGACUGCCUGGCGUGGAUGGUCUGACCGGGCAGGAUGGACCUCCUGGACCCAAGGGCGCUCCUGGAGAACGGGGAAGUCUGGGACCCCCAGGGCCACCUGGGCUGGGGGGCAAAGGCCUCCCUGGACCUCCUGGAGAGGCAGGGGUGAGCGGCCUCCCAGGUGGAAUUGGCCUCCGGGGCCCCCCGGGACCCUCAGGACUCCCAGGCCUCCCUGGCCCCCCAGGACCUCCUGGCCCCCCUGGUCACCCAGGGGUGCUUCCCGAAGGUGCUACUGAUCUUCAGUGCCCGGCCAUCUGCCCACCAGGCCCCCCAGGGCCCCCAGGAAUGCCAGGGUUCAAGGGACCCACUGGCUACAAAGGGGAGCCUGGAGAAGUCGGCAAGGAUGGCGAAAAGGGUGACCCCGGCCCCCCUGGACCCCCUGGUAUCCCGGGCACCGUGGGGUUGCAGGGUCCACGGGGCCUACGAGGACUUCCAGGGCCACUUGGACCCCCCGGGGACCGGGGUCCCAUUGGGUUCCGAGGGCCCCCCGGGAUCCCAGGAGCCCCUGGGAAAGCGGGCGACAGAGGAGAGAGGGGCCCAGAGGGGUUCCGCGGCCCCAAGGGCGACCUUGGCAGGCCUGGUCCUAAAGGCAUCCCCGGCAUGUCUGGGCCCAGUGGAGAGCCGGGCAUGCCAGGCAAGGACGGCCGGGAUGGUGUGCCAGGACUCGAUGGCGAGAAGGGAGAAGCUGGUCGCCACGGCGCCCCGGGAGAGAAGGGGCCCAACGGGCUACCGGGUCUCCCCGGACGAGCAGGGUCCAAGGGUGAGAAAGGAGAACUGGGCAGACCUGGAGAGCUGGGCGAGGCCGGCCCCUCGGGAGAGCCUGGUGUCCCUGGAGAUGUUGGCAUGCCCGGCGAGCGUGGAGAGGCUGGACACAGGGGCUCAGCGGGGGCACUGGGCCCGCAAGGCCCCCCCGGGGCCCCUGGCAUCCGUGGCUUCCAGGGCCGGAAGGGCAGCAUAGGAGACCCCGGCCUGCCGGGCCCCCAAGGCCUCCGAGGUGGCGUGGGCGACCGGGGCCCGGGAGGAGCAGCCGGCCCCAAGGGCGACCAGGGCAUCGCGGGUGCUGACGGCCUUCCUGGGGAUAAAGGAGAACUGGGUCCCAGCGGCCCUGUUGGCCCCAAAGGAGAGUCCGGCAGUCGCGGGGAGCUGGGCCCUAAGGGCAUCCAGGGCCCCAACGGCACCAGCGGCGUAGAUGGCGUCCCUGGCCCCCCUGGCCCCGUGGGCCUCCAGGGCGUGCGAGGCGUGCCCGGCAUCACUGGAAAACCUGGGGUCCCGGGGAAAGAAGCCAGCGAGCAACACAUCAGGGAGCUGUGCGGGGGGCUGGUCAGUGAGCAAAUUGCGCAGCUGGCCGCGCACCUGAGGAAGCCCCUAGCACCAGGCUCCAUCGGGCGCCCGGGUCCUGCUGGCCCCCCGGGCCCCCCAGGCCCCCCAGGCUCCAUUGGUCACCCUGGGGCUCGAGGGCCCCCUGGAUACCGAGGUCCCACAGGAGAGCUUGGAGACCCUGGACCCAGAGGAAACCAGGGCGACAGAGGAGACAAAGGCUCAGCUGGCGAGGGCCUGGAUGGGCCUGACGGAGACCAAGGGCUGCAAGGACCGCAAGGCGUGCCCGGCAUCAGCAAAGACGGCCGAGAUGGGGCUCACGGUGAGCCUGGGCUCCCCGGCGAUCCUGGCCUUCCUGGUGCCGUCGGCGCUCAGGGGCCUCCUGGCAUCUGCGACACCUCCGCCUGCCAAGGAGCCGUGAUGGCAGCUGUUGGGGAGAAGUCAGGUCCCCGGAGCUCCUAAAACACAACUUCAGGAAGAGUAAGAAAGCGGUGCCAACUGAGCAGCAGGCUCUGGAAGGAUCACGGGGACCAGUGGCAUUCUGGUAUCAGUGGGGAACGCUGCCUAGCAAGCCAUCCAGCAAGGCCGCCCCUGCUCAUCCUCAGCAGUGAUGACUGGACACUUGGUCCCCGAGGCCAUGCUUCAUCAAGCUGCUGUCAGAAGUGUUCCGUCUCUACAUGAAUUUACAACGGUCCCUUCAGCUGUAACGUCAUACCUCAGACACAGACCAACAUUUCAAAGGGAUUGAGGGUGUACACACAGGAGGUUCCGUACAAUUCCGAGAAAGAACAGUCAGCAACUUGUUUACAUGGCAUUUGUGUAAAGACUAAGAUAACACUUCAAUAAAAUGACACAUGAAAUCUUCAGAUUAAUGACUGGCAACAGUAUUACAAAAAAAAAAAA